UCCUUUUAUAUAGCUGAGGUGGAGUCAGCCAAUGGCCUACAAGCCUGGAAAAUUUUGCAGGGCAGUUUUACUGGACAGCUUUGCAGAGCUGUGCCAUUUGAAUUUAAGCACACGCAUAUCCACACACUGUGCUCUUCAUUUCUGGCUUGUCUCCCAGCACAGACAGCUUAGCGAGAUUUGGGUCUCUCUCUCUCCCCUCUGCAGCGACAGUUUCUCCAGGCUCUGCUAGUUAGGACUCCCCAAGCAAAUCAUGGAGGACACCACUUUGCAAAUUAUUGAACAACCAACUGCCUCUGAGACCUCUGACGAGCAAGCAGCAGAGGAACCGAUCAAAUCAGACCAGAUCAAUGGGGUGACGGUGCUGACCCUUUUGGACAAGAUCAUUGGGACAGUGGAUCGGAUCCAGACGACCCAGGCUCAGCUGGAACAGAGACAGCAAGAGAUGGAUAGUGCAGUGUCCAGCAUCCAAGGCGAAUUGACCAAGCUCACAAAAGCACACACCACCACCAGCAACACUGUGAACAAGAUGCUUGAAAAAGUGCGAAAGGUGAGUGUCAAUGUGAAAACCGUCCGGCAGAACCUGGAGAAGCAAGCUGGGCAGAUCAAGAAGCUGGAGGUCAAUGAAGCAGAGUUGCUGAAGCGAAGGAACUUCAAAGUCAUGAUCUACCAGGAUGAAGUGAAGCUCCCAUCCAAGGUGAGCAUCAGCAAGUCUUUGAAGGAGACUGAGAAGCAAGAGAAGGAAGGCGAGGUCGAAGAGGAGCCCCUGGGUGAGGACCACGCUGAUGAGGAGCACAUCCAGCUCUCCUCAGAUGAGGAGGUGGAGAUUGAGGAAAUCAUUGAGGAAUCUCGGGCAGAGCGCAUCAAGAGAAGCGGCAUGAAGAGGGUGGACAACUUCAAGAAAGCUUUCUCCAAGGAGAAGAUGGAGAAGACAAAGAUAAAGACCAAGGAAAACCUAGAGAAAACGAAGCAUAACCUGGAGAAGACCCGGCACAACCUGGAGAAGAGCAUGAACAAGCUAGGCACCAGGAUUGUGACUAAUGAGAGAAGGGAGAAGAUGAAGACCUCUCGGGACAAACUGAAAAAGUCUUUCACCCCUGACCACACCAUUUAUGCCAGGUCCAAGACAGCUGUCUACAAGGUGCCACCUUUCACUUUCCAUGUCAAGAAGAUCAGAGAGGGUGCAGUGGAAGUGAAAGCCACAGAGAUGGUGGAAGUGGGAGGGGAAGAGGCAGACACAGAUCUGAUGAGAGAGGAGAGCCCCGAGAUGCACACGCUGCUGGAGAUCACAGAGGAGUCAGACGCUGUGUUGGUGGACAAGAGCGACAGUGAGUGAAAAGGCAGAGGCACAGGAGAGUUUCUGAACGGACGGCUGAACACGUAACCUUUCACACUGCGAGAUCUCCCUGGGGGAGCCCCAGGGACCAUAUACACAACGCAUCCUUAUUACUCUGGAAAGCCAAAGCCACUCCCCCACCACGGAGGACAAGGUGUCUUUUAUAUUUUAGUUUUAGCACAUAGAGGAGGUAGGAACACAGGACUUUUUCUUUUUUAUUACACCAUUAAACCAACCCUUGGAGACCAUUUCUACUUCAGGCUGUGUCAGAGUUUGCAAGCUGCCAGGCCCAAAGUGACAAGCAUGCAGCCAAGCAGGACUGUGCUAAAACCAAGAUAACUGUUGUACACCUAGGAAAGACUCUUUCACAGCAAGCUGAAAGACUUGGUGUCAAGAAUGCUUCCUGCUCAGCAACCUGCCCAGUGCCAGAGACCAUGGAGUCCACGCAGUUAUUUCCCACCAAGGCAGAAGGAGGAGAGAACCCAGGAUCAGAGCUGGUGGGCAACAGCCCCAUCCCUCCCUAAGAGCUAUCCCCCAUGGCCAUUCGGUCACAGAUCUCUAGUGCCUGAUGGAUCUCUGUGGCAAGGGAAGAAUUCAGCAAAUUCUGCUGGCGGGCAGAGAACGUGUGAAGCUGCGCAGUGUCGCAUGGUGCUGGGGUGGGGUCUUCCCCCACUGCUGUGACCCUGGAGGACUUGAGCAGUUCACGUACCAAUAUGAAGGUCGCUGUUGUUACAUAGCACCCAGGUACUGUGGGAACUGUGGUGCCUGUGCCCAUCCCAGUCUUGGCAUCGUACACACCCAGGGCCUGCUGCUGCUACCAGCUACACUGAUGCCAUCCCACUGAGCUUUCUGGGAUGGCACCAAUGGAGUAGGAGGCUCAGCAUAGGCUGUUACAUUCCUGUGCCUACAGUGCCUGUGGUCCUGAAGGGGUUAAAAGUCUGCCUGCUGGAGGCACAGCAAGGGGAGACCCUCGAGGAAUCCUGGCAUGUACAGGGAGCUGAGUGGGGCUGAGGGUGCCCAGUCUUGGCUCCCUACACCUCAUGGCAGCCGUGGCUUCAGCAGCCAGUGAGGGACGUGCUUACUGGCCAAGAGGGAGAGUGAAGGUGCAAGCAGGGGGGCUGGAGGGUCCAGCCCUAGAAGCUACUGACUUCUAGAAGGGCUAGCGGAUGUGCUGAUGCCAUGGGA